AUGGCCAAUAUUAUUAGCUUUUUGAUCUGGCAGGCCACAGUGUACAGUUAUGGUCUGUUCAACUUCUUUCUAUACCUGGGACUUGUUGUCAGGAGCGGCACGUUCUUCAGUAAGCCAACAGAACAGGAGCAGAACGAAUUCCUGCUGGCUCGAGACAAAUACUGGAAUCUUUCCCGGACUGUCUUCGAUCUUCAUCACCGCUUCUUGGUCCUCCGAAAUGGUCUGAAACUUCAUUACCUCACCAACAUCGCAACCCUAGAUCCUUCUGCCCCUCAGAGCAAGCACCUUGUGAUCUUCCUUCAUGGCUUCCCGGACAACUGUCUGUCAUGGCGCUACGUCACAGAUUCACCUUCUUUACGACAAAAUACGACCUUGGUUGCUGUUGAUCUUCCUGGGUAUGGAGGUAGCGACAGCUUGCCGCGUUAUGGCGCAACAGAGGUCAUGGAGCCCUUGACGGAGUUCAUCGUUGCAAUGCGAGAAAAAUACCUCAGGGUGGAUGACAAUGAUAGCGGGCAAGAGGAGAGUCAGGUCAACAAAGUCCUCAUUGUUGGGCAUGAUUGGGGUUGUCUUUUGGGUUACAGACUGGCAGCAGAAGCACCCAGUCUUGCCGAUCGCUUUAUAUUGACCAACUGUCCUCACCCUCAACUCGCUCUAAGCAACAAAGACCGCAUCUUGACUGCUAGCAAGAAAAUGAUGAUGACUUUCCUGCAUGCGCCGCUGGCUAACUAUCACUGCUUCCCCAAAGUUUUUGACGAGAUGAAACCUUUGGCAUAUCAGGUCCUGCUCUUCGGCUAUAUUGCUGCUUUCCAGCUUCCCAAAGUGAUGGUCAAAUAUCUUGGAUGUGGCGGGAACUACGCCUUCAUACGCGAAGCACUCAAAAGCAAACAUGGUAAAGAUAAAACUGCUUUCAACCCUCCGCAUUCUCUUGCCAUGACCAUGGGUCCUGGACAGGCAGAAUGCCGAACAACUACUGAUCACGGGAAACCAGAACAGUAUGGUGAAAGCGUGUUUGGCCGAGCUAAAGACUCAGACGAAUGGUUCGUUAGCGCUACCGCAUACUACCGAGAUGGAGCUGCAUUUGACAAGUGGGAGAAGUCGAUUCACACCGUGGCAGCACUCCACAACAUUGCAGUUGACAAUGAGGCCUGCAUGAAGAAUAGACACUCUCGCAAACGUCGGCAGUCAUCUGCGUCUUCCACACUGUUCUCUGAUAUUUGUGCCAGCAGUUUGAAAGCGCCUGCCACAAUCAUCUGGGGUCAGAGAGAUCAGGCUUGCACGCAGCCAAUCUGCUUGAACGGGAUUGGUGAUUAUCUGGCUCGCGACAGUCAGGUACUUCUGCUGCCGAAUACGGGUCACUGGACGCCUAUUGAGAAGGCAUCGAGGGAGAGUCUUAAGAGAAUCCUGGAAAAGUUCGUCCAGAAUGGCGAUCUCCAGAAGGAAGACCUUCAGGAAGCUGUGAGGAUGACGUACCCCAAUGCGAUUGUCAGCAUCGACAAAUAA